AUGUUCGUCAUAGGACGGACGAAAGCUCAGCCUGUCUUCGCCCGAAACGCUGGAGCAUGUCUCCUAGACUGCAUCAACCUUAAAGCCCUGUCUAGAACCUCCUCACCAGUUUCUUCAGAAAGCCUUUGCUGCCCAAACCCACAUACCUGUAUACCCAGCCUAGUAAUAGAAUGCAGCCAAUCGGUUGACUGCAGCCACCACCUCUAUAACCGCCAUCUGGUUCCAGCCUCUAGCUUGCCGGCACUACCAGACCAUGCUCAAGCGACUCUCGAAUCACUCAUCACUCAACCUCACUUUUGUGCUGCCUCACUUGGCUCAUCAGCUAAGAGGACUGGCGCAGCCGACACUUUACAGCGCCCUGCAGCCUCUGGAGGCGAUGAGUCCAGUUCUGGUGAUAACUUGUGUAGGAGAUUUUCGAAUUUACAUCCUCCUGUUGGCACCCUUUUCUCGUCUGGUUCACCUCCUUUGCGAUACUUCAACAACGUGGCAUCUCGUCAACACCCUCAGUGGGAAUCGAACCCGACUGUUGACAGGUUACCAUUACGCCACAUUCUUACGAGUGCCAGUCGUCCACUGAAUAUAACUGAACUUCAAAGCAAGUCCCAGUCGCAUCGAGAUGCUAAAACUAGCCCACUUAAGUGGGACUAUGCUGCAGACCUGGCCACAACAGUGACAACUACUCCAAAAUCACCACAUGCCCAAACUGUUUACUCUGGCUCCACAGCUGCGCCGGGUGUCCCCACUGGCCAGCAUGUUUCCGGUUCGAGUGCUGUGCUCUCCAAGGCCUCAGCUAUCCACAAACGUGCUUUUUCUCCACACCAUCUUCGUGCACGUCUCGAUCACAAUUAUAUUCAUACCCAACAGCAUAAUCUUCAAUGCCAAUGGCAUGAGGAGCGAUAUAAACAUUUUCCUCGUCAAAUCGAGUCUUCUGUUGCCUUUUCCGAUGACCACGGAGCCGGUGGAAAACUUGGUUAUAGAGUUGAUCUUUCUUCGUGUAAGGCAGUGAACCAACAACAUAAAGCAGCAGUUGAGUCAAAUAAGGCAUGUGACCUUUGCGUCGAGGUCUCUGAAGUGACAGAGAAGAUAUCGCUUACGUGGCCAGUCACUGACCGCUGCCGGAUCACUGGCCCAAAUGACGUCUUCCAAGCGACACCUGGUCAGUUUGGUCAAUCUGUAAGCCAAGCUUCGUUCAUAUCCAGCCCUGACCCUGAGGAUGAAGCUACACUUCCACCGUAUCCGCCACCAUCGUUGACGUCUUCGAAGCAACUUCGAUCUAGAAAGACUCGAUGCAGUUCAUCCGGUUCCCCUACGCCUGGGCCGCCUCUACCACCUCUGCCUUUCGACCAUGUGUCCGGCUCUCGCGAACAUCUCAGUUCAUGGCGCCUCUCUGCUCCAUCUUGCUGUGCUAAGGCUUCACCAGGCGCACAAUCUCUUGAUGCGCUUCAGCUAAAAACCACUGGUUGCCCUUGCUCCUUCUAUCCGGAGGAGUUGGAAAGCGAUGAAGGUGACAAUAAUACAGAAGGGCCUCUUCCUUCUGCUUCGGUAUGCCCAGCUUCUCUUUCACCCCAGGGUGGGCAUGGACUCGACGUAAUCUGCGCCCACAACAACACCGAAGCCUUGGAGGUGUUAACUAACGAUGUUUUUGCUCAGCCAGAAAACUCUGGGGGUUCGUUGGACUCCAAAAAGACAAAAGAACGACGACCGGCGAGUGGUUUUGAUACUGAUUACUCUCAUACCAGCAUAAGUGAUAAAGGCAGAUCUCCUCUUUUGCUUCCUCGUAGCAAUGAGAUGACGUCUUCAUCAUUGUCAGCUCUUUCUCCUUCCUCCUCAUCACUAAACUCUGACUCUUCGGAGGCUACCUCAUCGGAGGAAGCAGAAACACGAGCCUUCUGGCAACGGGCUGAUCAUUCGCUCUCUUUGGUCGCUGACCAGAUUGACAACGCUCUAUUGGAUACUCAAGUAGCUGGAGGCCACAUCCACCUCCGCAUGCAUCGACUUCAAAAGGCCUGCGGGAUAGAGCCACGAUCUUUUUGUCAGAAUCUUGUCAAUAGCGGCUCCAGGCCGGAGGACCUUAGCCAUUCGGCCAGGGGGCUAUCUGAGGCUAGAACUCAGCAAAAUGGAUUGAAUUGGUGUACUCGGCGAGUUGACAUGGAUUCUGCCUUUCGUGUUCCAAGCUGUCCUACGUUGAAUCAAAGUACCGGACUGGCGAUUCACCCCAGUGAAGAGCUUCACUGCGCUUCCAGCUGCUGUUUUAGUGUUUCUCGGCAGAAAUCUGAUCCACUUCUUCCAACGCCUACUUCUCUUUCGCCCCUUUCUCAGCCUCAAUCCUCGUCUCCACCUCCACAGCCAUUUUCACAUGCGACCCUUUCUCCUCAUGCAUCUUUUAAAAAUGAACGGCAACAUUCGGCCUCUUCCGAUUUUCUCAUUAUUGCUUUGCCGGUCUCAAAACAAACACAAAAUCUUCAAGAUGCCCCACGAGGUGUACGCUCAGAAAGACUCUCACCAAGUACAAUGGCUCAGGAGUAUACUCACUCAGCAGGUGAAGAUUACUUUUCACAUAUUCACCAAUCUUCUGCUAAUGUUUCCACGCCCUCUGGAAAUCCUCGAAAAUGUUGGUUGGCAUCUGAUAUUGCCCCAAAACCCGUGGAUGCAGGUUGCUAUUCUAAACUAGAGAAGCAUAAUGAGAACAAUGGGAGCAUAAUGGUUCGUGAGGCAGCAUCGCAAACAGAUCUUGGAUCUCCCCUUCAACUAUCCUUUACUCAGUACGAGACGAGGAAUCCUACGGGAUUGGUCGACAAGGCGUGCUCACCAAGACAAGGUCAGUCCAAGAACUAUGGCCACUGUGAAUCUCUUUAUUUGCUGGAAAGCCUAAUAGCUGAGUUUCCUACAAUGAAAUGA